AUGGAGUCCGACGGCCGUACUAAGGCCUAUAAGUUCGUCGCCUAUGCAGCGGUGUCGUUUUCGAUUGUCGCCGUACUGUCCGUAGUACUAACACUACCAAUGGUGUAUAAUUACGUGAAUCAUGUACGACGACAAAUGCAACAUGAAAUCUCCUUCUGCAAGGGAUCCGCCAAAGACAUCUUCGCUGAGGUCAACUUCAUGAAAGCUCACACUGGUCCCGCAGCACCACGAAACCGUACUACUCGUCAGUCUGGCUACGGUACUCCUGAGGUUAACCCUGCUCCAAAUCUCCAGUGCGAAGGAUGCUGCUUACCCGGACCACCCGGACCGGCUGGUGCACCUGGAAAACCUGGAAGACCUGGCCGACCUGGAGCUCCAGGAACACCAGGAGUUCCUGGAAAGCCACCCACUGCACCAUGUGAGCCUACAACUCCUCCACCAUGCAAACCUUGCCCACAGGGUCCUCCCGGACCUCCAGGACCCCCCGGACCACCUGGAGACCCAGGAGAGGCUGGUACUCCUGGACGCCCUGGAACCGACGCACCAAACGGACAACCCGGACCUCGUGGACCUCCUGGACCUGCUGGAGAACCUGGACAGCCUGGACCUCAGGGAGAUCCUGGAACACCUGCACAGAGCGAACCUCUCACACCCGGAGCGCCCGGAGAACCUGGAGAUCCCGGACCAGCCGGACCCCCCGGACCUCCAGGAGCACCUGGAAACGAUGGAGCACCAGGACCAGCCGGACCGAAAGGAGCCCCUGGACCAGACGGACCACCCGGAGUCGACGGCCAAGCAGGACCUCCUGGACCACCUGGACCAGCUGGAACUCCUGGCGAGAAGGGUAUCUGUCCCAAAUAUUGUGCAAUCGACGGUGGAGUGUUCUUCGAGGAUGGAACAAGGCGUUAA